CCUUACAGACCCGGAAGUGACGUGUCGUGUAACGUCAGCAACAACAGCGAUCAAAAUGAAGCUGGACUCAAAUGAUGAAGACGAUGUGGCUUUAUUUGAUGCUGAGGAAGAUUCAGCCACAAGAAAGAAAAGAAUCAAGCAUCCGAUGGCCUCCUUCUUCCACCUGUUCUUCCGGGUCAGUGCCGUUCUGGUGUACCUGUUGUGUGGUUCGUUUGGCGGAUCCUUCAUCGCCUGUAUGGUCACCAUCAUCCUCCUCCUGUCAUGUGACUUCUGGACUGUAAAGAAUAUAACCGGCCGUCUGAUGGUGGGUUUGCGCUGGUGGAAUCAAGUGGAUGAUGAUGGAAAAAGCCGUUGGGUGUUUGAGUCCAGAAAGGCCAGUGGGAGUCAGUCUUCAGCGUCCCGAUCCUCAAACGCAGAGUCUCGGAUCUUCUGGCUGGGUCUGAUCAUCUGUCCCAUCGUCUGGGUCAUCUUUGCUUUCUUUGCUCUCAUCUCCUUUAAGAUCAAAUGGCUGGCGGUGGUGAUUAUGGGAGUGGUGUUACAGGGAGCCAAUCUCUACGGAUAUGUGCGCUGCAAAGUAGGAGCCAGAACAAACCUGAAGAACAUGGCCACAAAUUACCUUGGACGGCAGUUUCUCAAACAGGCUUUCACAAAACAAGAGGAGUCUUAGGAAGACAGAAUUCACGCCAGUUCCAUUGAUGAACUUCUAAUGCGUUAUUUUUUAAGAAAUUAAAUGAACUAAAAUGGUUACUGAUUUCUUUGAUUUAUUAAUUUUUUUUGUUAACCACAUCCUGUUAAAUAAUGUGUUUGACAUUUUAAAUACCUUUAACUUUAUAGUUUUUGUUUAAUAUCUAACUCAGAGUUCAGAGUAUGUGUUUUGUUAUAUAAUAUUGCAUGACAUCAUGCAUUAUGCUUCUAAAAAAGAUGUACAUAUUUAUAUACUGCUGUAAAUUACUGUAUACUUUCUUUAGGUACAUUUAGGAAAGUUGAUGAUUGAAUGAUUGAUUGUAUCUCAUGUUCAGUGAAUUUACGAAAUAAAUGAAGUUUUGUGUAAAACUGGAGCCACACUGAAUCUCAGGCCAGUGAAGUCACCCACAAACACCACACUGUCAAAGUCAAGUCCCUUUUAUACUUAUCUAAAGUGGUUU